UGCAGGUCUGUGAAGAUCACCAUCAAAAAAAAUGUCAUCUAAGAUGCAGACCUCGAAUAACAUAGCACAGGCGAGAAGAAUUGUACAGCAGCUACGGAUAGAGGCAAACAUUGAGAGAAUAAAGGUUUCUAAAGCCUCUGCAGACCUCAUGCAUUACUGCAGCGAGCAUGCCAAGUACGACCCUCUACUCAUGGGCAUCCCGGCCUCAGAAAACCCUUUUAAGGAUAAGAAGCCCUGCACUAUAUUGUAGUGGAUAGCUCUAAUCAUGUGCUCUUUGAUGCCUCCUUUUUUAUAGAAAGAAUAUUUUACCUUAAAGCAUUCAUACACUAGUCGCCUUAAAGUCAGCUAGCCUCCUCAUUCUCACUCUUCUUUUAUUCUCCUGCCCUCCAGGCUAGAACAGAAGUCUACACUUGAAACAUAUUCACUUCUUCUACUUAUGUUCUAUUCAAGAAUUUCAGACCAAAAACCUCUAAGUAAACAUGAUUUAUGGUGCAUUGACAAAGCUUGUGAUAGGAUUUUUUUAAAACCCCUCUAUUGAUUGCCAGAACUGAGAACCUGUUUGCUGUGAUCAUGCUAUCUGAUGUGGUCUAGACCAGGCCAUUUUGCAAAUAAAGAAACAGAAAAAAUUUUUCAGAUGGGAAGUACCCAAACAAAGAGCUCUACUCAUCAAGGCCAAUUUCAUUUUCUUUGAUCAUCACGCCCACUUAAUGUCUCUGUUUUUGAUAAGCAAAGCACAGAAGUAGCGCUCUGACUUUGUGUCAUAACAAUGUUCACUGGGGCUAAAGAUUUAACCUUUUACCUCUCAAAGAAAGUGAGAGGAGUCUAGAGACCUGAAACAGUGCUCUAAAUGUCUAUUACUUUUGGGGUUUUUUCCCCCCUCAACCUUUAUACAUUUGCCAAGUGGCAUUUUUACGCACUGUGCUUGCAUUUAAGAUGUAUUUCUAGCAUAAAAACCAUCCAGUUACUAGUGUAGAACCUUGACUGCCAAACUCACACUGUUCCACAUAGUAAUAAAUCAAGGCAACUGGACUUAUCAUUAAAGUGAUAGUUGAUGAAAAAAAGAUUUUCUUUAGCAUAAUGUAGUGUGUAUACCUGAUUUAUUAUAAAUCCCACCACAGAAGACAUAAUUUGCCUAAGUUAAACUAUAAACCAUUUUAUAAUGUGGCAGAAUAUUGUAUGUCUAUAUUAGUGCUUUCAGAUGCUGGGCCAUACCUCUAUGAAUCAUAUGCUUGUGUGAAUUGUCCACUUUCCAGAGUGCUACUAGGGAUAAUAGCUAUGUGACAGGCCUUUACUCAGCCCUUGGUUACCUCUGUAAUACAAGAUUUAAAACACAUAAGCAAGUGCAUUUGAGGUUGGUAACUUUUUACUGUAUGGUAUGAGUAUGUGAUACUGGGCUUCAUUUAUCAAGGCGGGAGACAAAGAAAUAAACUCAUACAUAAGUAAGUUCAGAAAAGUGUUUGUAUCAUUGAAGGCGCCUGAGCGUCUCUAAAUUUACAUGCAUUCUAUUUAAAACUAAACAGAAUCUCAAUCUCAGAUCAAAUCAUGGUCAUGGUUUCUGCAAUUUUAUAAGUUUGGCGACAACUCUAAAUGAAAAUCAGCUGUGCUGCAAACACACCUUUUACUUUACUGGUGAUUGCCAUUCAUGAACAUGUAAAUGUUUUACCGAUACCAAAUAUGUCACCAAUGGUGGGAUUUUUAUGUUAGUUUGGAUCCCUUUGAAAACCUUUAAACACAGUUCUAUAAAAUGAUUUAUGAAUGAGGCUGUUUGGCUAUAGACGUCCCAGGUGAUGUCUUGGGGUAAGAGGAAAUUGUUUAAAUUGUGUUUUUACUUGAACAAAUGUUUGUGUCCACUAGCAUUCGUAUUUUAUUCCUAUUCAAAAUGAUAUAUUUGUAGUCAGGUUCAAGUGACCAAACAUUUAUUGUUAGUAAAAAGCUGUUUCUACACAGACUAGCCUUACAAAUUACAAAUUUAGAACAAUACUGAAUUAUAUAUUCUGCCAUGCUGGACUGGUUUUAAUAAUUAGCAAGUUGAAAAAAAAAACAGCUUUGGGAAUAAAGCCCUAAAUAAAGUAGCUCUACACAUUCUCAAAGGUUUAACAAGAGUCCAGUUGACUUGUCUUAAUAUUGCUAGGCAGUGAAAAUAAACCAGAUGACCAGUAGCCUUUAGAGUCCUGUUGCUCAUUGUGGAGGAACCUGUGGCGUCAUUCUGACGUAAUUUGUCCUCAAGAGUACAUGUGAACAAUGGAGGGUUUCACACAGGUCAGUGAAAGUUCGCCUCCUCUGUCAGAGCACUAAACCAUCCAUGCUUUCUUUUCACCAUAGAGAAAGCUCUCUUGUCUUUUGCAUACAGAAAACCUGAGUGCCAUGCUGCAAGAAUGACAAAAAACAUCAUUACUGUUCAGUGCUCUUUUAGGCCUACUUAGGUUAUCUUUUAUGACCCUGGCAAAAGCAUGUUUGAGAAGUAAGAAGCAUGACCUGAAUUCCCCUACACAGUUCUUACCUAUGCCUUAGGAAAUCUUAGACCGUUGUUGUUGUCUUGCUUAUUUAUCUUAGAUAUAGCAGCAAUAUAUAUGAUUGCAGAUCAUGGUACAGUAAUAUAUUGUAACCCUUUAAUGAUUAUAUGCCUUAUUUACUUGUAAAAUGCUUUUGAUUGUUUUGAUUUCUAAUGCUAGUAUUUUCUUUUGAAUGAUAAACUCUGUAAAUUGUUUGUGCCAUCCUGCCAUGUUCAGUCUAGCCAACAACAGUAAUGUGUCUAGAGUCACUGCCAGUGCUUCUCUAUUUAUCUAUGCCAAGCAAACCAUAGACUACGAAUUACUCCAGAGACUGUUAUUGUGAAUCUGAACAUUCCAUGUUUACAACUGCAGGUUCGGGUGAAAAUGAUUCAUAAUGCCAUGCAGUUUAUAAUGUGUGUAUAUGAGUGCUUUUUUUAACAUAAAAAAAGUGUAUGCUCUUCAUAUGGCUGGCAGAAAAAAAGUGAAGGCCUUAACCACAUUUUCUUGCUUUCACUCUAGCUAUUUUCUAACACACUCAAGGGUUCCUCAACUGUGAACUAGCAGCCUGCAGUCCUACACACUGUGUAUCACCAAUCCUCAGGACAAACGGAGUAAAGCCUUUGACAUAUACCAAUUGGAAAAAAAAAAAAAAAAGUUUGGCACAAAUGCUGACACAGCCAGCAAUAAAUGGAACAGCAGCUGUCAACAAUUAACCAUGCCUAAUAACAGUGCUAGGACACUUAACCAAAACUCACUAAUAAGGUUGCCAAAUACAAUCAUUCAUCAUUUAUUUAAAACUUGAAAAAUUAAUAACAAACUUGUUGAAACUGGACUUCAGUUACAAACACAUUGGAUUCCAAUGACAGCAUGCCAAGUGUAUCCAACUGAAUUUACGUUAUUUACGGUGUUCCCCUCUAAAGAGUAUUGAAUUAUUUUUGUUAGGGUACUCUGCUAGUAAUUAUAAUGUAUAAAAAUAAUAUGUUCAUCCCUGAAGGUGAUUUUGUAUGGACCCUUGUGAUGACUCGCUCAAGCUUUUUGCCUUUCAAUGAAAAAGAUUGUUUGAAUAUGAAGUGCACUCAUUCUUACUAUUUUGUGUGGAUCUUUCUUCUCAAACUUUGACCUGUGAAAAACACACCAGAGCUUGAUUGCAAAUUCUGAUGUUACAAAUGUCCUUUUCCAGUUAAAAUUAAAUAUAAUUUUAUUCACAACAA